GAUUGGGCGGCCGAAGUCCAUGAGAUGGACUUUGGCCGUUCUACCUCUACAGUCGUGUCCGAGUCGGCGCCGAACGGGGAAGAGAAAGUCCUGGAUGGCCAGUCGAGGGUCGACGACAUCGCUGAGUUGUUCCCGCUAAUCUAGCUAGUCGACGAGGAUGCCGAGUACACGCUGGUUCACGAAGCUCUCAGAACGAGAGAAGCCGAUCGCCGCCAUUGGAAUGCCGAUGACUACAACAACAUAUUUUUCCGCGACGACAGGACUGCCAACGGGCAUUCCUUUUUUGACGCGUGCGCCGCGGCACACAUCGACCAUGUGCGCAGGGAAGGGAAGCCCGUCCAGUACUGGGGGUCGUGGAUGGACGCUAAUACCGGCGAUGAAGCCAUAAAUCGUUUCCAAUCGGCACCUGAAGUUCCCAGCGUGACCAUUAUCACGGCGAAUGAUCAUGGCGGCGGCGUUUGGGCUGAUCCCUUCUUUCCCGGCUCGACAGACCCGUUGCCUGCCAUGGACGAGCAGCACACGAUGCGGCUGGCGUUCGCCAAUGACGUCGUGAAUAACGGUGUGCCCCCGAGGCGCAUUAAAUACUACGUGCUGGGCGCAGGGUCGUUUCGCGAAGCCGCCAUCUGGCCGCCCCAGGGUGUUGAAUACGCGCAUUUCAAUCUGGAUCGGGCAGGGACUCUGACGCGAAGUGUGCCGGGCGACGGCAAAGACAUUUACCAUGUCGAUUUUACUGCAACCACCGGCAAACAUAACCGCUGGUAUCAGUUCACUCGCGCCAGCUACGGCGACAGACGCCGUCACGAUCUAAAACUGCUCACCUACGACACCCCUCCUUUCAUCGAGGACGCGGAGUUGGCGGGGUGGCCGGUCGUUGUCCUGCAGAUGAGCGCGGCAACCAGCGACCCAGCCGUGUUUGCUUAUCUGGAGGACGUGGCUCCAGAUGGCACCGUCACUUACAUCACCGAGGGCCAAUUGAGAGCGAUUAACCGCAAGAUCGCUGACCGGGACGCGCUUCCGUACGAUGCAGGUCCGGUACCGCAUUCGUUCAAGAGAGCCGACGCACUGCCAGUGGUGCCCGGGGAAAAGUUCUCCCUGGCAUUUAAGCUCUAUUCCGUCGCCGCGCUGAUCAAGAAAGGCCACCGCAUAAGGCUGGCCAUCGGCGGGGCGGACAUUGAUACGUUCCGGCGUCUUUCACACGCGCCGGAACGCUUCGAGGUUUAUCGGGGUGGGAGCGAAAUGAGCAGGCUAAACCUGCCGCUCCGGCCAUGGCGUUAAAGCGCUGACAUUUCAGCUCAAUCUCAGAGAACGGACCAUACAGAAAAUGGAACAAUACGCUUUUGCGUCAGACAACACGGCCGGCGUCGAUUUGCGCAUCUUGACUGCGAUGCAAGAUAUCAACGUCGGCACAGCGUUCGCGUAUGGCGAAGAUUGAGUAUGUUCUGCAAGGAAGAAAGAAUAUCAUUAUUGAAAUUGUGCAAUGAAAGCUGUUGCCCUAUCAACGUUGCUUCAAAGUGACACAAGAAAUCAUCUCUAUCUCGAUUCCAUGCAUAAUGCGAAUGAGCUCAAAGGUGGGUUCAGGCCUUAAUGAAGAGGAGAAUGUGAUGUCCAUCCGGAAAAGACUGUUGCACAACAGCAGGGUUAUAACUAUUCUAUGUUUAUUAAUUUAUAAACAGAUUUGUUUUCUAGUUAACUAUAUCUUUUAUAUUAGUAUACUAACUUAAUACUACGUAAAGAAUGCUAA